UAUUGAAUUAAAUAAUACUAACACUUUUCAAGAAAAUAUUCAGAACUUAAUGGACGAAUCAAGAAGUUAUAAGCCAGAGGGAUUCAACAGCGUCAUAAUUUCAGACGACACUGUGUUCGACAAAAAUUUAUUCACCAUGCCAGAUGAAGAUUACAGCGAGAUUGACCAUAUUUGAGUUCCUGAGGGGCUGAUAAAAAGCAGAGUCGAAAAACUAGCCCAAAACAUCUAUGAUGACUAUGCCGAGUGCUCUAAAGUAAGGAGACUUCAAAUCUUUGUUAUCAUGAACGGAGCAUUCCAAUUCUUUAGUGAUGUAGAGAGGUAUAUUAAGAAAGUCAGAGAAUACAAAGCUCAAAGGCUCGAAUAUGACGUUCAUUUUAUUAAAAUAAAGGGGUAUGUUAACACUGAAUCUGUCCUCGAAAAGAUAGAUGAUGCUGUCCUUCCAGAGGAGCUUAUCAAAGGAAAGGACAUUCUUAUAGUAGAAGAUGUGUACGAUUCAGGGAACUUAAUGGACAUUCUAUACAAACAUAUUCAUAAAUUUGAACCGAAUAGUGUGAAAUCGGCAGUUUGUGUUUAUAAAUGUAAUCCAAAGAACCUCAAAUUUGAUUUCCAGCCAGACUACAUAGGAUUCGCAGUACCAGGGGAUAAGUUUUUAGUAGGCUAUGGAAUGGACUACAACGAACACUUCCGUGAUCUCUCUCAUAUUUGUGUCAUUAGCAAAGAAGGAAUCGAGAAAUAUCGUGAAAUCUAAAAUUUCUUUUUCUAAUUUCAC